ACAAAAGCAAGCACACGUGUUUGACGUUUUCAAGUGAUUGGUUGUGCCGGUUCUGUUUGAAAUUAACUUUGUAUUAAUAAACUAAAUAACAUUUUGAAUCAUGGCGGAAUUUGUGGACUUGAAACUCGAGGAGAUGCUCCCUGAGUUGGAGCAAAUGCAAAGAGUGGAACUAUUUACUGAACAAGAAAUUAAAGCGGUUGUGAAAAAGCGUCGAGAUUUCGAAUAUAAACUCCAAAAGCAUACUAAAGUGAAAGAAGACUACCUAAAGUAUAUACAGUAUGAAAUAAACUUACUGAUGCUCAUUCGCUUAAGACGAAAUAAAAUUGGUUGUCAGUUCAAGAAACCUGAAAUAGAUCAUGCCAUUGGCAACCGAAUCAACAAAAUGUUUAUGUAUGCCACUGCACGUUUCCCAAGUGAUUUGAAAAUUUGGUUGUCACACAUUGAGUUUUGCAAACGGAUGCGCUGGACAAGCAGCAUUACCAGAAUAUUUGUCCGCUUGUUGGCUGUCAAAAGUAAUGAGCCUUCACUGUGGAUCAUGGCUGCAAAAUGGGAGUUUGAAGAGAACGGAUCAGCGGCUAAUGGCAGAGGCUUGCUUCUGAGGGCGUUAAGGUUUCACCCUGAAAGCAUUCAGCUGUACACUGAGGCUUUUCGUCUCGAGCUUCUUGAAGCAGACCGUCUACGAAAACGGAGGCAAGUUCUCGGUCUUAGCUGUGAACCAGACUUACCUGACAAUGAGGAAGCUACAGAUAAUAUUUUGGAUGGAAGACUUGCUGUUAUUUUUUACAACGAUGCCAAGAAAGCCGUGAAAUCAGCCGCCGAUCUUCUUCCAUUCCUUACAGUAGCCAAAGAAUUUGAUUUCACUGGCGAACUUCAAGCAACCAUCUUUAGAGACAUGCAAGUCGAGCACAGCGAAGAUGAAAUAACCUGGGAUACCAUAGCUAGGCACGCGCUUGAAAAAGACCCUAAUGACAAACAAAUGAAGCUGAACGAUAGGAUAGAGCUCUGCUGUUCCACGUACGAGGAAGCCAUCGAACGCAUCGACACACCCAAAAUGUUUCAACUUUACGUCGACACGCUCUUUGUUUUGCGCGAAAAUGACAUCAUCCGGCCGAAAAUCCGUCAGCGAAUUCACCACGUCUGUUAUCGCGCGCUCAUCAAUAAAAAAUUAUCGGAUCAGCAACUGAUUGACUGGACCAAUAUGCUGGAAAGCGAUCAAUUCUCCGGCUACCAAUUGAAAACGGUGUUGAUUGAGGGCGUGAAGCAAUUUCCCAAGAACGCCACCUUAUGGACGAAAGCAUUAAAAGCCGUACUUGAGCAGAAGGAAGAAGAACCUCUCUUCUUAAUUGACACUGGAAUAGCCGACGAACCGGAACCGGCUGCUGAUGAAGAAGCAACAGCUGUUUUGAUUGAACUUCCGGCCGUUUUCUGGGAAGCAAUCAAAGCCCUUGGAUCUACAUCCGAUUCGAUUGCCGUUUGGGAAACGGCAAUCGAACAUUUCGAAGCGCUCAGCAAUCAAAAUAGCAUAGCUUUUCAAACAGUAGAAGAUCUUUAUCAAAAAGCUAUUAGUGUAGAGCCCCCAGUUGGAAACCAUUUCAAACCUCUGUAUCUUAACUGGAUUGCCACUCGCAAAGGACGAGAAGAAGCGCAGAAACUGUAUCAAUCUCAGGCUUCACUGCCACCUUUAGUGCUGGACUUCCACUACAAGAUUAUCGAUUUGGAAUUGAAAGAGACUCACCCCAAGUUGGAAUUCAUUCGGCAGGUUUACGAGAAAGCUAUCAUGCAAUUCGGCCAGAAGGAUAAAGAAAUCUGGCUUCGUUUCAUCCGAUUUGAAUUGGAACACGGAGAUCCGACUCGCGUCGGCAAUUUGCAUCAUCGGGCCAAGAUGACACUGGAUCGCGCACUAGCCGAUGACUUUCUGUUCCAGUACACGCUGUUCCAGCUGCAGGCUUAACUCUCCAUAAAAAAAAAACCAAUUGACGACACGAUUCACUUUUUUCCCAAUUAAAAAUGCCCAAACCAAACAAACCUCCCUUCCCUCCCUCUCCCCGAUGUCAAAAUGAGAGCAAACAAACACACGACUAUGGCUGGGAAA